AUGGCAAUAACCUUAGCUGGGUCCGGUUUGGCGGCUGGUCUAGCCAGUUCUGCAGCCGGUCGAGGCCGGCCUAGGGUUCUGCUAGCUGCUAGCUGGGCCCUCUUCUUGUGGGCAUUGGCAAGGAUGCGCCAAUUCAGUUGCCAAUUGCCAGUUGGCCAGCUUAGUUCGCUAACCAGAAUGAGAUACAUUUGCUUGCUAGCCUCAGUGGUGGGCCUGGCCCUGGCCACGCCCAGUCUGCGCGGCGCCUCGGAGCCGGCCAAGAUAUUGGAGUCGUUGAACAGUAUGCGGCAGAACAGCUUCCUGGACUGGAUCAUGUCCGUGCUGGGUCCGGACUCUCCCGAGACGGGCGUGUCGCCCGCCAAGCGGGAGUGCCCGGCCUGUGGCUGCGGCAACAUCAAUACGCGCCAUCGCAUCGUCGGCGGGCAGGAGACGGAGGUGCACGAGUAUCCCUGGAUGGCCAUGCUGAUGUGGUUCGGCAGCUUCUAUUGUGGCGCCACGCUGGUCAACGAUCAGUACGCCCUGACGGCGGCCCACUGCGUCAACGGCUUCUACCAUCGGCUGAUCACGGUGCGCCUGCUGGAGCACAAUCGGCAGGACAGCCAUGUGAAGAUCGUGGACAGGCGAGUGGCUCGCGUGCUCGUCCAUCCCAACUACAGCACACUCAACUUCGACAGCGACAUUGCGCUCAUCCGGUUCAAUGAGCCGGUGCGUCUAGGCAUCGACAUGCAUCCCGUUUGCCUGCCCACGCCCACCGAGACCUUUGCUGGCCAAACGGCUGUGGUCACCGGCUGGGGCGCCCUCAGCGAGGGUGGACCCAUCUCCGAUACUCUGCAGGAGGUUGAGGUGCCCGUGCUGUCGCAGCAGCAGUGCCGCGAGACCAACUACGGCGCUGACAAGAUCACCGACAACAUGAUCUGUGCCGGCUACGUGGAGCAGGGCGGCAAGGACUCCUGCCAGGGCGACAGCGGCGGGCCCAUGCAUGUGAUUGACGAGAAGCAAACCUAUCAACUGGCUGGCAUCGUCUCCUGGGGCGAGGGCUGCGCCAAGCCCGGCUCACCCGGCGUCUACACACGCGUGAGCAACUUCAACGAGUGGAUCGCGGCCAACACUCGCGACUCCUGCGCCUGCAGCCAGUCCGAGGAAGCCUCGCCAGCCGAAGCUGCCACCACAACCACUGAGCAGCCAGAGCAGCCAGAGAUGGCCACGGCUCAGACCAGCGAAGAUCCCGAAGUGCAGGAGGCCGAGCUGCCUGUCUAA